AUGUCUUCCUCUGAUGAAAUACAAAAAAAUCCUGGAGAAACCUCCCUUUCACAAGCGAGCCCCCCUGUACAACGCACACCAGAAACUAGCACCAACCCCAGCACCACUAACAACAACCGCAACAACAGUGAGGUCAACAACAAGAAGAACAAUGAUGAUAACAGUCCAGCAACUGCUGAAAAUCACACACUUAAAAGCUCCAACAACGACAACAGCAACACUGCCAUUACUAACGCCAACAACGAGCAUAGCAGGUGCCCUGGGUUCCGGCAUUUAUUUAAAAAAGAUAGGAGCCCCAAGGCAAAUUCGAAACAGGGGGCGAAUUCGAACCUGGCGGAAAAGGACGGAUCAACCAAAAGAAAAGAAGAUGCUGACAAGGAAAGGAAGCAUUCUCAACAUGCUAAGUUAAAAAAAAAGCUCGAACAAAUCGAAAAAUACAUAGGUGAACUUGUGAGCUUUAAGGGAAGUGAUGGUCAUGAGGAUAUGAAAAAUCACCUAGUGAGGCUCAAAGACAUAGUUGAGAAGAGUGAAAAAGGUAUUGACAAUAUGGACGCCUCUUCUAUUGCAAAAACUCCAGCUAUCAAACUUCCUGAAGUCAACAAGGAAAUUAUGGAGCUAAUGAAGCAUCUUUCAUCGCCAGAAACAGUGUCCAAGAAAGUAAGUUUGAGUGCUCAUUUACAGUCAAGUAGCAGUUCUAAUGGCCGAAGUGCAGUCCAUGAGUUGGCGAACGUACACAAGAAUGAAAGCUUCAGCAAAGUCUCAUUUUACAGUGAAAUUCGGGACAUUUUUUGCAAGCUUGACGAAAAAAAGAAGUUCAUUUUGUCAUGCUUUACAGUUUUCCCAGAAAAUGCAGUGGUGAAGAGGAGGACAUUGUUAUAUUGGGUUGUGGGAGAGGGCUUCUUAGUCUCUUCAAGUACUGAAAACGAAAACAUGUCCGGGAAAAUUGGUGGCAAAUUUCGUUACGUGUUUCAAGAGAAGUCCUUGUUGAACGCUUCAGGUACUGAAGAAGAAGAAGAGAUGCCUGAGAAAAUUGUUGAUGGAAUUCUUAAGGAUUUUGAAGAGAAGGGCUUAAUAGAGCCUGCUAUAAAAAAGCGAAAGCAGCCCCAGCAUGUUAAAAGCUAUAGAAUGGAUCCUCUUGUGCGUUCCGCUGUGAUUAAGCUUUCCCAGGACGAAAAGUUUUUUGAUUAUGAUUCCAAGGGAAAUGUGCUUCCCCAGAGAGAUUGGACUUCUGGUUUACAAUCUACGGCGAAUGUGCUUCCCCAGAGAGAUUCGACUUCUGAGGAAAAUGUCUCAUUCCAACGUUCUCAGAGGUUGUGUUUGCAAAAUAUCGUGGAGCAGGACGAGAAAAAACGUUCUACAGAAAUGGAAAAGCAGGCUAAGCAGGUUUUAGAAAAAGAUUUGGAAAAUGUCAUUACAUUAUUUAAUGUUAAUGAGCCUUUUCCUGAUCUCGAAUUGGCGUGGUUAACAAAGAUGAAAGAUAAUCCGACACAGACAAAAGAGCCAAGCGCAUUGGACUGGUUAUCGAAGAUGAAAAAUGCCAGAGUUGUUUGUCUGGGAGGCUGGCCUGGAUCAGGUAAAUAUCACAUUGAAGUGGAGAGCACUGAAUUCUUGAAUGGAUUGACGAGUUCAAAAGAACUAAGGUUUCUUAGCCUUCAAGGGAUCUCUCGAAUUACUGAGCUUCCAAAUUCCAUAGGCAAGCACAGCAAUUUGGUGAUCUUGGAUCUCAAGGAGUGUCACAAUCUGCAGGUGAUUCCAGAGGAGAUAGCCCAACUCACGAACCUCAGGUACUUGGAUCUUUCUGACUGUUAUCUGCUAGCUCGCAUGCCCAAGGGGCUAUACGCGCUCUCAAAACUUCGAGUCCUUAAGGGGUUUGUCAUUAGCAAUUCGCAAAAGAAACGCUCGGGUACUUUAGAUGAUUUAAAGAAAUUGAAGAAGCUGAGAAAACUGACCAUCAAUGCAAAUAGUGAAAAAUUCCCUACACCAGCCGAUUUAUGCGCUCUCCAUGAGCUUGGAGAGGAAGGAGCACUCAAAAAGCUAACGAUAGCAUGGGGAGCAGAGCUAGCAGAGCUAGCAGAUCAGAAUGGCAAAGAAGGCAGCUGCUGGAAAAGACUCAUAACAGCUCGUAAGCAACAGGAAUCAGAAACAAUGAAGGAUCAACUUCCAGAGAAACUUGAGAAGCUGGAUCUUCAGUGUUUCCCCAAGUCUAAAGCGACGUGGCUGACACCUGAAUCUUUGCCAGACCUAAAAGAACUAUACAUAAGAGGAGGAAACCUCGCAACUCUGGGCAAAAGCAAGUGGUCCGAGGUUAAGACUUUACGUUUGAAGUACUUGCGUGGAUUGAAGAUGACUUGGAUAGAACUGCAGGAAUAUUUUCCACAAUUGGAAUACUUGGAGAAAGUCAAAUGCCCUGGGAUUACGCUCUGCCCUUGCGACCAGCAUGGAGUGUGGAUGAAGACUAUUUGA